AGUAUUCCACGUCAACAUUUCGGCUUACUGGGACUCAGUGUGAGAUAACAAUAUUAGAUGUGGGGGCAACUGUUUAGUUCAACAUAAAUCUAGCUUUUACACAGAUCUACACAUUCAAGAACUCUGGUGUGUGUAUAUAUGUGUGUAGUCUGUGAAGCUCUACUGCACACGAGUUGAUUUAGGUUUACAUGUUGGUUCUUUGGAUUCCUUGCAACGUUUUACUGUGUUGUGAAAGUACAAGUGUUGUCAUCUUGACUUUAAUCUGGACUUUCUGCAGUUGGACUACUUGUGUUGUAACAUUGAGUUUAAUCUGUACCUCUGCAGUACUUGUGUUGUAACAUUGAGUUUAAUCUGUACCUCUGCAGUACUUGUGUUGUAACAUUGAGUUUAAUCUGGACCUCUGCAGUACUUGUGUUGUAACAUUGAGUUUAAUCUGGACCUCUGCAAUACUUGUGUUGUAACAUUGAGUUUAAUCUGGACCUCUGCAGUACUUGUGUUGUAACAUUGAGUCUAAUCUGGACCUCUGCAGUACUUGAAACAUUUAUAGACUACUGUCCUUUAUAGUGAAUCUUGGACUGGACUUACGUUUGUUAAAUAUGGCUACUAUGUAGCAAGUUUACAAAAUCACCUUUUAAGAAAAUGUUUCAUAAACUAAAACAUUUACAGUCUGUUAUAAAGUAAGACGAGAUCCAUUAUUAUGUAUGCAACAGUUUUGUAACAAAAUAACAUUUUAAAAUACCCAUGAGAUAGAGAUAAACAAAUACAUUUAAAUAACACACACACACACAAAAUUCAGUCCAUAAUAUUGACGCUAUUCUACAAGUUUAAAGUGAAAGAAAUGUUAAAAUUCGCCAAUAUUUCGACGAUAAUUCUCAUGACUGUAAGCCAAGUGGGAAUACUUGUGAUCAAUGGCCAGAAUCCAUUAGGUGACACGUCACGUCCGUCCAGCAGUCAUGUCCGGAUACUCCAAGCUCCAGACACGCUUGGCGCAGCAGUUAAAUUGAAAGUGCAGUACCAGUGUGAGGAGGAUGGGGUGGUAGUGGUAGACUUGUCUGUCAUGAACAACGACAACUACAUCACAGUGUUCUCAAAGGCCUGGAAGUGCAAAGGUCAAGGUCUUGAAGGUUGGAUAACGUAACUCAAGUAACCCAAAAACGAAGAGAGUGAAACUCCACUUGCCAGAUUCACUCGAAUUUCGACCAGAUUAUUUUAAUAAAGGCUUGCCUAUGUGGCUUAUCAGUUUGGCGAAAAUAAGAGUUUGGCUUGUAGAUCAGUUGAAAUGGUCAAGACCCAAUGAGUCGGACCUGUAUACAAUUGCAAAAAGUCGAGAUUUCGUCAAACUUGGAGUUUUGCCGCCAUAUUCUCGACCAUUCAAAAGUCCAGCAUGUUCUAUUUGGAUCUGGCCCAUUCUACAACGUCUGCCCAGGUUUUCAGAUUCUCAGACCUGUGUGGUAGAAAAAGAGCGUGUUGUAUUGUUAGACUAUCCGGCUGUUUUCAACGGGAACACCUAUGGUAUAAUCAAACAGUUGAGCCAAUAUACUGACCCGGGGCUGGAAAGAGACAGACAAGAAAGAUUCUGGGCACCCCAGCUGACGUUAGAGAUGUGGGUUUAUAUUAUAGAGUACUGUCCCUUGUAUCGCUUGAACGGGGCGGAAGGUUGUGGUCUCUUUAUGCACAUCGAUGGUCAAGGGAAAAUAUUUACUCCAGUUUUAUUAAUAAAUCGACAUGGUAAUUUCCAAGUAGAUGUGCAAAGUACUACAGGCUAUAUAGGCAUCAAGACCAAUGACGUCAUUCCCAGAAAUGUUUGGACUCGCAUCGUCUUUACUCUAGACCACAGAAAAUGGACUGUGUCUGCCAACUACGGAGCUGGUUUAAAAGAAGGAUUUACCACAUCCUAUACAUACAAUGAAGACAUGUAUGUGGAUGACACGUCCGGCUUGUGGGCUAUCGGUGGUCUGGAUUGGAAUAUGGGCAGUUUUGUGGGCUACAUGGGAAGAGUUGUUUACUACAGACAAAGAGUUCUUCAGCCCCACCAGGUGUCCCUCCCAGAUCCCUACCAUCCGAUGUUUGAGCUUCAUUUAACAAGAAAGAGAGAAAAAUGUGAGACGUUCCUAAACUGGCUGGACACGGCAGUGGAUGUUUACCAGAAGUACAGGCGUUAUGUUCUGGACAACAGACCAGAUGUAUGUCAGUACGACCCAUACCAAUUCUUCACCAAGUUCUUAUCCAAUAGUGAAGACCCUCAGACAUGCCCUAUGAAACGCCCUUUCAACCUCCGCAACCACCGACACAUCAGCCGUCAGUUGCAGAAGGUUGUAGGCACUAUGGAUCUGUCAAAGAACUUUCUCCACGGCGACUUGGAAGCCUACAGCAGGAGUUCCAAGUCCAAUGAGAGCAGGGCGGCUUUCAUGGCUAUCUCCGUAGGCCUCAUUGAGAAUGCCACUCAGAUAGUGAGUGAUCGAGGCUUGAGACACGCCUCCAAAGUUGUCCAGCUGUUCAAACAAGCGGCCUGUCUGGGCAACGAUGACGCCAUGUAUUACCUGGCCGUCAUGAUGAACAACGGGGUGGGCUGUCCACUUGAUGAGCUGCAGAGCUUGGCUUACUUUAUGCUGGGGACAUUAAACAAACAUGUUUUUUCUAUCAUGGCAUUGGGUCAUAGACAUCUGAUGGGAAUGGACGGAGCCCCACUGGACAAGGAUGUCGCUUACAUGUACUACAAGCAAGUGGCAGACAGAACCAGGAACGAUAAGGAGGAACACAAAGAGACUGACGUCGCCACUGAGUAUAUUCGACUUAUCGACGAAGCAAAAAUCGAAGCACUAACCAGUGAGAUUGGGGAUCUCUUCAUGUGGCUAAAACACCAGGCAGAGAAAGGCGUGGCCACUGCACAGACAGAACUGGGCUACAUGUUAUAUCACGGGGCUCAAGGCGUCAAGAGGAAUCUACAUAAUGCUUUGAAUGUGUUUAGAGACGGCGCCCAAGCUGGGAACCAAAACGCUAUGGUCAGCUACGGAUUGAUGCAAUAUAGGGGUCUCGGAGUAGAAGCCAACAGAACAGAGGGAAAGAUUAUGCUGGAAAGGGCAGCUGAGCAGAAGAACCCGGGGGCUUUGGUGGCACUGGGCUGGUUGGCUCUGUCCACUGAUAAAAACUACACCGAGGCAUUCCGACUGUUCCAGCUGUCUAAACAAUUGGGUAACUUGGAUAGCGGCUACUAUUUGGGUCACAUGUAUCACUUCGGAUUAGUUCCGGGGUCACCAAUUGAUCUGGACAAGGCCCUUGUGGAGUAUCAGUGGUCAGCGGUCAGGAACCAGAUUGAUGCUGGUGUGUGGUAUGCUUUUCUCAUGUCCAGGGGAACACCACAUAAUGCAAAAAACUCAGUCAUAGCAGUAGAGUGGGCCCGGUUUAUUGGCGAGAAAACAAGUCUUCUGGGCAGACCAUUGAGAGAUGCCGUGCUGGCUUACAGGAACCAGAACUAUGACCUGGCAGUGUUCCUGUAUCUCAUGUUAGCGGACGCUGGUCUGGAAGUGGCCAGUUUUAACCUAGCUUACCUGUGUGAGCUAAAUCACGAUGGAGUGACCUCCUUCAUCUCUAAAGACUGUGAUUUCCGCCAUUACAACCUGACUCUCCAGAGGGAGCAACAUUUUGUGGACGCUUACUCCUACCUCAAGAUGGGAGACUACUUCUGGUACGGAUGCCGCAACAAGAGAGAUGUCGGUCUGGCUGCUGACUAUUACAGUAAAGCUGCCCACAAAGGUAACCCUCAGGCUUUAUUUAAUUUGGCUUACAUGGUGGAGAACAAUGUGCCAGUGAAUGAAGAAAUCUGGCGACGUCUUGGAUUUAGUGCCAAAUUGUACAACAACAAAGUCUCUCUGUUGCUAGAUCUUUACAGCAGGUGUAAAGAGUCCAGUCAAAGUGAAGCCUUCGUGCCCUGCUGUUUGGCUUGGUUUAGAAUUUGGUUUCUUGAUGCCUGGGAGACUCAUCAGUUAUAUCUAAAGAUCACUUCUGGUCUGGCUCUUCUGUUCACUGGCCUAGCUAUUGCCUUCACACUACACCACAACCUACUGGAGAGGAGGAGGCGUGAGAGGGAGGAGGCUCAGAGGCUGGAGGAUGAAGAGGCAGAGAGGAGGAUACCAGAUGAGGCGCUAGUUAUUUGAGCUCAGAGAGACCCAUUCCUGAACUGUGUGUUUGCAAGUGUGAGGUUGUGCAUAAAUUAAAAACUGUAAAUAGGCUACAAGGGCUAUGUGCAAUGCUAGUGAAACACGGGCUACUGCAAUAGAAAUGUGAUGUGUUUGUAGCUUUUCAAAAAAGUUGUAAAUACUAGUUGGUACUAGUUUAAACACUAGUUUGAUUUAAGUAUUGAUCAAGUAUAUUUGACAUAGCUUUCCAACUUCUCAAUUUAAAAUAGAAGCAUUUAUGUUAUUGGAGUCAUUAUUUACUGUUUUAUAAAUUAUAUAGGUCAUGGAAUGAUAGUUUAAGGUCCUUUAUUAGUUCUUACAAUGAAAAUAGUUCACUCAGUAAGUAGGUCAUUCCUAGAAGUAGGUCAUUAUAUUCAAAACUGAAGCAAAGACAAAAUAUGCAUUACAAAAAAAAAAAAAAAAAAGUAAAUUUUUUCAAAAGUAACAAGUUUUGUUUUAAUCUGAAUCAGUUUUACAUAGAUAUAAAUAUAAACAUGAGAUGAAACAGACAAACAACAAAAUGUCCUGCCAACUCAGGUCAAUGGACAGAAAUUAAAUUACUGUAUUUAUUAUACACACAUUCAUUAUGUACUAAAUAUUAUGUACCAUACCAAACUCUUGGAGUGCGUAAAUUAAAAGUAAUUUCAAAUGACAUACAGCUCUAUCUGUCAUUCAAUACAACAUAAAUUAGAAGCUCACAGUAAAAAAAGAAAUGCAUACUGUUAGUAGCCAGGAAGUUUGUUUGCAUAUUUAACAAUGUCUUUUUAGUUUUCAUUUCAAGUUAAUUAUUUUGCAGUUGGCAUUGUCAGUCCUUUUUUUUUUUUUUUUAUGUCUUGCCAACUAAGAGUGAAAGAUAUUAAUCUUAUUAUUAUUUGAUUUUGUUACAUAUUCUUUUCAUAAUGUAAUACACAUAAAGAUUGAUUGUUAAAAAUGAUAUAGAAUUAAAGUAAAUCAUAAUAAAGAAUUGAUAUGUUUU